AUGACCAGCAAAAACUUGAAUGCACUCCUAAUUAAAGUGAAACAGUUAAUUCCACCACUUUCGGCUGAUUUUCAUAAAGGUCAAGCAGGUAGAAUCUGCGUUAUUGGUGGCUCAGAGGAAUAUACCGGUGCACCAUACUUCAGCUCAAUGGCCGCUUUAAGGAUUGCAAAUUUGAUGGUAUAUCCGUAUAUGCGCACCUCAGAGAAGAAUUACUCUCAAACACCGCAACAAAUCACGACAAAGGUAGCAGAACUCUUUCCACGGAUGCACGUAAUAGUUGUUGGUCCCGGUCUAUCACGAGAUAAGCUUAUGCAAGAAUGUGCGCGAGGAAUUAUUACAAAAGCCAAAGAAAAAGAUUUAGCAAUAGUUCUUGAUGCGGAUGCUUUAUUCCUCGUCCAAAACCAUCCUGACGUUGUUAAAAACUAUAAAAAAGCAGUAUUAACACCUAAUGUUAACGAGUUUAAGCGGCUUUGUGAGGCAUUGAAUGUAGGAUUUGAUGAAAGUCAAAAAGGUGGAACUGCGCAAAGAUUGAGUCAAGCUUUAGGUGGUGUGACUAUUGUACAGAAGGGAAAAGUUGAUGUGAUUUCAAAUGAAGAACAAACACUUUGCUGCGACAUCCCUGGAGGCUUAAAAAGAUGCGGAGGACAAGGAGAUAUUUUAUCCGGUGUCAUUGCCACAUUCUUAGCUUGGGGAAAAGCCUAUCAAGCAGGAUUAUGGGAACACGAUCAAUCAAUUACCGCAUCCGAAAUACCACUACUAGCUAGUUUUGCAGGAUGUAAAAUUGUGCGUGAAUGCUCGCGAGUUGCUUUUGAAAAAUUUGGCCGAGCAACUCAGACUUCGGAUAUUCUUAAGGAACUUGGUUCAGUUUUUCAAAAAGAUUUUGAAAGGUAA